AUGAAAUGUAAGCAGUGCGCGGAUACAUGUCUGGAAUUUCAGAGGAUCGACGCCGAGUAUGUGGCAAGCUUUUCGUGUAAAAAUUGUGAUUCGAGUACCACAAAGCACAUAGACGUGGAUCAGGUAAAGGCAAACAUACCAUGCAUGGCCAAAUUCAUCGACAAAGGUGAUGUCUUCAGACUGAUGCUUCGAAAUGGUGUCUGCCCCUACGAGUACAUGGAUGGCUGGCAACGAUUUGAGGAGACAAAGCUACCUCCCAAGGAGGUCUUCUUCAGCAACCUGAACAUGAAAGGGAUCAGCGACAACGACUACGAGCAUGCUCAUAAAGUAUGGAGACGUAUCGCUCCAGAGGGCUCCAAGGUCACCAUGGGCGACUACCACGACGCGUAUCUCACCACAGACGUCCUGCUACUAGCCGACGUCUUCGAGAUUUUUCGAAGCGUGUGCCCGGAGAACUACAAGCUCGACCCUGCCCACUUCUACAGUGCACCUGGUGUCGCCUGGAAGGCAGCACCCAAGUACACAGAGAUCAAGCUGGAUCUUCUCACGGACCCCAACAUGCUCGUGACGUUUGAAAGAGGCAUCCGAGGAGGCAUAACCCAAGCUGUGCACAGGUAUGCCAAGGCGAACAACAAAUACAUGGGGGACCAGUACGAUCCCAAUGAGGAGUCGCCUUACUUGUAUUACCUCGACGCCAACAACUUCUACGGCUGCGCCAUGAGAGAAGACCUACCCACUGAUGGGUUCAAGUGGGUGUUGAACGUUGAGGCCUUUACCGAGAAGCGGUUCGAGAAACUCCUCGAUGACAAAAAGCACGGCUACAUCUUGGAGGUUGAUAUCAACUACCCUGAAAAGCUGCACGACAAGCACAACGAGUUACCCUUCCUGCCGGAGCGAAAGUUGGUUCACAAGGUCGAGAAACUGAUACCAAAAUUGGAACACAGGCAGAGGCACGUGGUACAUAUCAGAGCCCAUCACGAGGCCCUGAAACACGGUCUCCAGCUCAAGAAGGUAUACAGAGUGAUCCAGUUUAACCAGAAGCCCUGGCUGAAAGACUACAUCGACCACAACAGGUUGAGAAUGGCCGCCAAAAAUGAGUUCGAAAAGGACUUCUAUCAGCUCAUGAACCUCUCGGUGUUCGGCAAGACCAUGGAGAACCUGAGGAGCCACCGCAACAUCCAGUUUGUCACCAACGAGAAGAAGUACACGAAGCUCGUCAUGAAGCCGAAUUUCAAGGGCGAAAACUACUUCAGCAGCCACCUCAUGGGCGUGGAUAUGGGCAAGACUGAGGAGAAGAUGAACAAGCCGGUGCAUAUUGGUCAGGCUCUUUUAGAAAUGUCGAAAAUUGUGAUGUACGAGUUCCACUACGACUACAUGCAGCCCCAGUACGGUAGUAAGUUGCGGGUCUGCUAUAUGGACACGGACUCAUUCGUCUACCACAUCAGAACGGAGGACUUUUACCGCGACAUUGCCGACGAUGUCGAGACACGUUUCGAUACGAGUGCCUAUAGCAAGGAUGAUGGCAGACCUCUCCCCAUUGGGAAAAACAAGAAAGUAGUCUCAUGA